AUGCAAGUGCGGUGGCUUGCGCUCGUGCUCGCGGUCGUCCAUGGCCGCAACAUGUACUGCGGGCAGCGCGAGUGCUACGACCUGCUUGGCCUCGAGCGCACGGCGUCGGCGACCGAGGUCCGCAAGCAGUACCGCGCGCUGUCGCUGCUGAUGCACCCGGACAAGAACCCGAGCGCGGACGCAGCGUCGGCGUUCCAAGCGCUCGCGACCGCCUACGAGGUGCUCGCCGACGUGACCAAGCGCGCCGCCUACGACCACUACCUCGACCACCCGACAGACUACGCGUACAACUAUGGCAUGUACGUCCAGCACGCGUACGCGCCAAAGUCGGACGCGCGCCUCAUCGUGCUCGGGUUCGUCCUCUUCCUCACGCUCUGCCAGUACCUAUCCCAAGUUCACCGCCAUAAGCAAGCGAUCGCAUACUUUCGCCAGUCGGACACGGUCAAGCGCCAGGCAUUGGCCGUGCAAACCGAGCGCAACGCGCAUCUCAAGCGCGCCAAGGACAAGAAGGCCAAAGACGCGGCCAAAGCCGAGCUCGAGGCCAUCGUCGACGAGCUCAUGGCGUCCUCCGAGAUCUCGGGCGGCUACGAAAAGCCAACGCUGCGCAAGCUGCUGCUGGUUCGGCUUCUGCUCUUGCCCUACUCGCUCAUGUUAUACGUGGUGUGGCGACUCCGGUGGUGGUAUGACUAUGCGUACUUGCGCCGGCCGUACGCUCCGGACGCGGUGCUGUACUUGACGUGCAAGGCGUUGGACAUUAGUGAAGCCUUCUUCCUCAGCGACCAAUACCCCCAUAACCGCGACGACGUGCUCGCUCGGCAGCUCUGGGUACCGGAGCACCUUGCGGCGUUGCAGAACGAGCUCGAGGACGACUGGAAGCGGCGGCACCCGACCAAGUACAAGCAACUUCUGCGCCAGCGAAAGAAGGCCGGCGACGAGUCCUCCUAGACUAUGCUGUGCACAAUAAAUACAUCGGCAGAUGGGCUUAUGAACCAUAAACGUAAAAAUGUUUGGCAC